AUGAGUUCUGAUCAAAUUCGUCAAAAUUUACCGGAAGAAUCUUCUGAGUCAAUUGUUCAACGUACUAAUAAUACAGCAAAUGGAACAACGCCUUUUUCUAUGUUUUUACCAACUUCUCAUAGGCAGAUUGAAAGAAACGAUUGGAAAACCUAUAUCAAAUUUGUUAGAAACAAUAACAUUAAUUGCGUAAAUCAAUACAUCAAAUGUGGAGGCGAUUUAAAUUAUCCAAUAGAACCUCAAGGUGCAAUACAUUGUGCCGUAUUCUAUAAUUAUAUGGAAAUGUUGAAAUUGUUACUUGAAGCUGGUAUUAAUGUUAAUCAACAAGAUGAAGAUGGUGAUACAGCAUUACAUUAUGCAGUAGGACAAACAAAAAACAUUGAAUGUAUCGAUCUACUCUUACAUUACGGUGCGUGUCCAUUUAUUAAAAAUUAUUCAUCGAAUGAAGAGACACCAAUAGAUUUGGCUAUUCGACAGAAUCAUAAAGAAAUUAUUGAACUACUAACAGAAAAUAUUGAUCUUACGAAACGUUUAUGUAAAGCAGCUGAAAAUGGUGACACCGAUCUUGUUCACAUUCUAUUAACAACAACAAAAGUCAAAAUCAAUGGAAUUUCACAUGAAUUUGUGAAUCCAUUGCACGAAGCAUCACUGGCUGGUCAUUUGUCUGUAGUCAAAUAUUUAAUUCAAUGUAAUGCUAAUAUUAAUGCUAAAACUACAUCAGAAUCGACAAGAUAUAAUACACCAAUGCAUUGCGCUGCAACAAAAGGUCAUCUCGAUAUAGUGAAAUACUUACUUGAAAAAGGCGCAGAAAAAGAAAUUAUUAACAUAAAUAAACACACUCCAUUACUUUGUGCAAUUAUCAUGGAAAGAACGAAUGUUGCUGAGUAUUUAAUUUGA